UCAAUGUUCCAGAGUUGACACACGAAUAAAUUUUAGUCUUUAAUGACAAAUUAUUAAAAGUACCCUUCCGUUUGGUACAUACAUUUGUGUUUUUAUUAAAAUUAUUGUGGCAAUUCAAUUCGAUUAUAUUCGAUUUGAUUUUAUUUAUACUUUAAAUUAAUCAAUUUUCGAGAAAUGUCGGGAGACGAAUCGACUGCUAGCAGUGUCGACACAAGACAUGAUUGCUCCUGUUAUCCUGACAGUGAUGGCGACAUAUAUUCAAGAUAUAAAUCGCGUGCAAUGAACGAAGAAAGUCAGCGAUUCUUCAAAGAGGCGCUUAAAUUUCUAAUCGACGAUGUAAUCAAUCUUCUUAGACGUCAAAUCCUUUUGAUCCGAGAGAUAGAGACCAAAAAAUUCAAGCAGGACGCGGACGUGACUUCGUAUUUAGACGCUUUCGAAAUAAUCGCAGAACAAAUAAUUGGCCAACCUGAUAUGGCAAACGAAUACCACAAAAUGGGCGGUUUUGCCAUAUUCCCGCCAUGUUUCCGAUGUACCAAUUCGAAAAUUCGCGCCGCAAGUCUUAACCUCAUGGCACAAAUUUGUGAAAACGUCGCCUACUGUAAUCAAAUCGUGAUAAGUUCUGAUCUCUUUCAUCUGAUCCUCAAAUUAUUAGAAGAAGAGAAAGAUUUAAAAGUUGCCAAUGAGGCACUUAACACGAUAGCCAUCGUCCUAAGGAAUAAUUCGCAAGCUUACAAGACUUUUGUGCUACAGAAAGGGUUUGAGGUUAUGUUAGGACUAUUGCAAAAAGAUGACGACAAGCUAAGGUCUAAAACGGCAUUCAAUUUGAUGACGAUCUGUCGCGCCGAGACUGGGGCGAAGAAUCAAAUGGUUUUGUCGGAUUAUUUGCCAAUUUUGGUGACAUUAAUCUCACAACAACCAAAACCGAGUCAUGAGCAGGUUUUGAAGUUGCUCGUGAUGAUAACGAAAAAUAAUAAUAAGGCAAUUGAGCAACUGAAGCAACCAAAGUAUAGGAUGCAGGAUGUACUUUUGGAGUGUUGGCAAGCGGCCAAAAACUUGCCCAAUUACGAAGAGAUGGAAGAGCAUUGCUUGGACCUAAUGUCAAUUCUAAAUCUGCCGGAAAUAACGUGAAAUACGUAUGAUAUGUAAAAAUUGUUUUGCAACUGUCGUUUUUGAAUGAAAGUAUGUAAAAGUUUUUGUCAUGAACAUUUUUAUUGAAAAUAAACAUCAUCAUAAAGUC